ACUCAAAAAUGUUAAUAAUAUUUUUGCGUACUGAUAUUCAAUGAGUUUUUGAUAGCUUUUUGCGUUUUGGAAACACAGGUUAAUAUAGGUUUGCUCCAAAGACUUAGCAGAUCAACCAUUAUAAAUUUUUGAAUUGCGUUUGUUUACUGUAAAGUUUAUUUUAAACUGACAGAAUCAAAAAAGAAAAUUUUUUUAAACCAUACAAAAGAAACAAAGCUUAGUCAGAGUUAUAUUUGGGACAUUAAUUCUUAUAAUGGUAUGCGAUGAUGCGGUUAUUAAACUGUAGAUUCCAGAGAAUAUGUUUAGACAAAGAAGCUUGGUAAUAAAAUUUUUGGUUGUUGUUUUAACUGUGUGCGCAUUGAUAUGCGCAAAAACAAACGUUAAUCACAAAGCAAAACGAAAACGUAGCUACGUAUAUUACACACAAAGCAACAUAACAGGAAAUGAAUUGAUACUAAAUAAUAGAAAAAAUAACAAUAGUAGCAAAAACUUAUUUGAAAAUAAUAGUUCGAUAAAAAUAAAGAUAGACAAUGGUACAAUCACUUUUAACAAAAAAUUAGACAAGUUGGACAAGUCUAAACUGUACAAAACUAAAAAUAAUAGCAUAAAUUACAAUAGUGAGUCUAACAAAUUAUUAAAACCUAAAAAAAAUAGAGAGCAAUUCAAAAACUCUAAAGUGAACAGAACUUACAAAUACAAUACAGCUGUGAGUUUUGUUAAAGCUAAAACUUUUGAAAAUGAAAGAUAUACAAAAAAUCGAAAAUAUAAACGAAAAGCAGAUCCACAAUAUUACUAUGCUAGAGAACCAGAUUCUUCGAUUGAACCAAAUGAUUUGCUUCGCGAUCAGGAUAUUCCUAGUCAAAACUCUGAAAUGAUAUCGUCGAAUCUUGGGCAAAACAAUAGAUUUUCUGCACCUCAAAUGAUGGAGAGAAAGAGCCUAAGAGAUAGACUUUUGGAGGCACUAAAUCGAAGAGUUCAAAGAGGACCUAUUGUGCAAAACCAUCCAAAUAUAAUGCAAGAUACUUCUGGAUUAAAUGAAAUCGAUCCUACAAUAAAUCCAUCAGAAAGAACUUUUAGAUUGCCUAACCAGAUGGAAACUCCGUAUAAUCAUUUAGGCAGAAAUAGAUUGUUAUUUCAAAAAAAAGAGAUAACUCCGAGACCUUUGCCCUUUAUAAAUCAAAGACAUUUUACUAAUUUGAGACCAUUGCAAGAUGACAUGGAAUUUGGAUCACCGCACAAUAACUUUUUUCAAGGAGAUAGAAUCCAUGAUACUGAUAAUAAGUUUUAUCGAGAAGAAAGAGUGAACAGUUAUGUGCCUUCAUUAAACAGACCAUACGCGAGUGAUGGUUUGCAAAUAAAUCGCAUCGAAAAUCCGAUUUUGCGAGAGCAAGUUCCUAUACCUUCCGAAACAAUACCAUUGCAUAGAAGUCCAAUUUUUGCGUCACACGAAGACAGAGAUUUUCUAAAUGCUGAUCACGGAGCUUCUUUACUUUCAAAUAAUGUUGGAAGUCUUGGAGAUGAAGUUAUGCCGUACGGUUCUUUAGGAGAAACUAAACCUGAACGUUUUAUUUCUCCGAUACAUUCAGAUGAAGACGAUAGUCAAAUGUACGGCCAAGCUGUAAAUCAGGAGUCUGCUAGAGAUGAUUUACAAGAAGAGUUACCUGAAAUGCACCACCACCACCAUGGACGACAUCCAAAAAAAACAUGGGUGACUGAUGUAAAUGUGUUCAGCAAGAAAAAGAAAGUUGAUGAACUUGAUCAAUUUUUCCAAGAAGAUGAUGACCCUAUGGAUGAGUAUGAUCCUUGUGAUUUAAAGCCUUGCCGUAAUGGCGGCAUUUGUAAGAUAAAUGGUAACACCAAUGUGGAGUAUAACUGUAUCUGUCCUCGUACAUUCAAAGGAGUAAAUUGUGAAAUACGUAAUCGCUGUCAUCCCAAUCCAUGUGCACAUGGAUCCAAGUGCACUCAAACAAAAGAAGGAUUUGAGUGCGCCUGUCCUGCAGGCUUUAAAGGCAAACGUUGUACUGAGAGGAAUUACUGUCUUCCAAACCCAUGUUUUAAUGACGGCGUUUGUUCUGAAUCCAACUCAGUAGACAGAUACUCUUGCUCAUGUAUUAGAAAUUGGUUUGGCAAAGUUUGUGAUCAACAUAUUUCAAAGGCAGAUUCUAGUUUAGAGAGUAUGGCCAGCAUCUUACAUGUUGGAGAAACAAAUGAAAAUGCUGUUGAAAAGUCCCAAAUAUCUUUUCCCAGAGAUAAAACUCCAGUUAGUAAAUCUCCAUGUGAGUUCAAUCCUUGUUCUAAUAAUGGAAUGUGUGUAAAUGAUCCAGGAUUAUCUCGUGGUUAUUAUUGUGAGUGCACUGAUGAAUACCAAGGAACCCAUUGUGAAGAACGUAAAUGCAAGUGUCAAAAUGGAGGUUCCUGCAUUGGUGAAGGUGUUGAGUCAAAAUGCUUUUGCAAAGCUGGUUAUGGUGGCAUCACUUGUCAAGAACACACACAGUGUAAUGAAGAUACCUGUUUGCAUGGAGGUGUUUGCAUAGAACAAAUAGGAGGUUUCAAAUGUAAGUGCGAUAAUGGUUACAAAGGACAACGUUGUGAAGAGUAUGAUAAGUGUAAACCAAACCCCUGUCUCCAUGGCGGCAGAUGUUUAGAUUUUGGUGAUUUUUCAAAAUGUGAGUGUAAAAAAGGAUUUAAAGGAAAGCAAUGUGAAGAUAUAGAUUUUUGUGUACCUAAUCCUUGUCAAAACAAUGGUCAGUGUUUCGGAUUUCCCGGUGGUUUUCAAUGUGAAUGUCCUAAAGGUUUUAAUGGAAAAACAUGCCAACAUAUUAUUCAUUGCUUGUCAAAUCCAUGUUUGAAUGGUGGUGAAUGCAGUGAAGUUGGACCAACAUAUGAUAAACCACAUGGAUCAUUCGUUUGUCAAUGUAAAUCAGGAUUUUCAGGCGAUUCAUGCCAAAAUCAAGAUUUCUGUCGUUUCUCAUCUUGCUUAAAUGGUGGAACAUGUUCUAAUUCUAAAGAUGGUUUUAUAUGUAAUUGUCCUAAAAAAUACCUUGGGAAAAAUUGUGAAAAAACAAACUACUGCUUUGAUGGCCUUUGUAAAAAUGGUGCAAAUUGUGUAUCACGAGAUGAUCACUUCAGUUGUGAAUGUAUGAUUGGUUUUAAAGGAUCUACAUGUGAAGAAAUUGAUUUUUGUGAGCCAAAUCCAUGUCAGAAUCUUGGGGUUUGUUCAUCUUCAAAGAGUGGCUUUACUUGUCAGUGCACUGAAGGCUUUAAAGGAAUAACUUGCACAGAAAGUGACCCUUGUUUUCCCAAUCCUUGUAUACAUGGAAAAUGCACUGAGUUUGGUGGAAGUUAUUCUUGCAGCUGCACACUUGGUUUUAAAGGACUGAAUUGUGGUGAAAUUGCUCAUUGCGAGCCAAACCCAUGUUUUCAUAAUGGUGUCUGUCAAGAAAUUAAAGGUGGAGUUGGUUUUGUGUGUCAAUGUGUUAGUGGAUACAAAGGUCAAAUGUGCCAAAAAAAAGAUUUGUGUAACCCUAACCCUUGUAGUAAUGAUGGAAAGUGCAGCGAUUUACUUGAAGAUGUUCAAGUGACACCUAAUAGUUUGUUGUCUGGGAAUUAUGUUCCUCAAAAAAGAGCAUCUGAAGGAGAAAUUAAAUGUACCUGUGCUGCAGGAUUUAUGGGAGAGAGAUGUAAUCAAAUCAAUCCAUGUUAUCCAAAUCCUUGCGAACAUAACUCGCUGUGUAUUGCAGAUCACGGUGCAAAUAUUCAGUGUAAUUGCUCACUUGGUUGGAAAGGAAAACAUUGUGAAGAAGCCGAUCUCUGUGCCCCAGACCCUUGCCGGUAUGGUACUCAUUGUCAACAAACAAGUGCUGAAAGUUAUACUUGUUUAAAAAAUCUAUGUAGCCCCAAUCCGUGUAGCAACGGCGGUCAAUGUAUUGUUGUUAACGAUGAAGCUUUCCAAUGUGCAUGUCCAAGAGGAUGGAGAGGAAAAAUAUGUUCUGAACAAGAUUUAUGCGUGCCUAAUCCGUGCGAAAACGGAGGAGUAUGUCACGUUAACAACGACGCAGAAUUUUCGUGCGAGUGUGUUGAUGACUAUAUUGGCGCCAAAUGUCAAGUACACAAAGUUGAAUCAUUGCCAACUAAAAAAAGUUUUUGCGCUGGUUACCCUUGUAAAAACGGAGGUACUUGUCUAGAUACAGAUGGAGGUUUCACCUGCAGAUGUAACAACGGUUUUUCCGGUCCAUUUUGUGAUGAGAGUGUUUGUUUUGGAGCACCAUGUGAAAAUAGUGGCACGUGCGUUCCAUACUAUGGUAUAGCACUUUGUAAAUGUACGGAAGGUUAUACUGGAGCACAUUGUUCAGAAAUUAAAAAACGUGGUCCAAAGUCGUUUCAUAUAUCACAACAGCAAGACCAACAACAGCCCCAUUCCACUGUAACAAAAUCUCAGGUAACAAAUGUGAGUCCGUCUGCAAUCUUGUUUCAGCGCGUUGAAGAGAUCCUUAAUUCUGACAAAGAGGUUGAUACGAUACAGCCAAAUCUUAUAGAAGGAUCUAAAUUAACGGCGGAGAACGAUAAGCCAAAACAUAUUACGCCCCCAACUCAUUCAUCUAAUCCCGUUAUCGCUCCUACUGAGAUUCAAACAAUUUCGCCAAUUACAUUUAGACUACCGGACUUAUUGACGACAUUAACUUAUCCGACCACGGCAAUUCAACCGGCACCGACGUUUUUGGUUCAUGUGCAAUCUAAAAGUCAGAGUAUUGACGAUGUUUGUAAUCCGAACUUAUGUGAACACGGAGGUACCUGCGUAGUGCGCAGCGACAAUCAACCAGAGUGUAUAUGCUUGACAGAUUUUUCUGGACCCAGAUGUGAAGACAUCGGUAUGUUGGGUUACUCAUCGGCACCAAAGUUUUUCCCUAAUGAUGAAUGUAACCACUGCGAUAAGAAUGCGGUAUGCACGAACGGGCAUUGUAUAUGCGCGAAAGGUUUUGUUGGAGAUGGCUUGGAAUGUUGGCCAUUUUCAUCUGCUGAUAGUGAGUGGAAUUGCAAUCCGAAUCCGUGCCAAAACGGAGGCACAUGCAAGAAUGGUCGCUCACACUGCGUGUGCAGAUUAGGUUAUGUGGGAAUUUUUUGUGAAAAAUAUUGCCCUCCGUCUGUUCAUUUGAGCUUUGAUUCCAAGAAAGACAACUUUGUUCAAGACGAAUCUGGAAACGAAAACAACGCUGUUUUAAUGAACGGCGCUAAAGUAGUUUAUGAGGGUGGCAAAUGUGACUCUGGCGUGUCACUCUCCGGCGGUGAUAUUUUGUUUGAUGGUGAGAAAUUUAAAAACAAACCUGUCGACGCGAUAACAAUGGCUCUCUGGAUAAAAUUGGAUUCCACAUCCGGAAUCCAAUCUGUUUUUGAUACAGUUGGAGGAAAACACUCUACUCAUCGUGAUGGCCAGUAUCACGUGGAAAUUGACAACGGAAAAAUUCGUUGGUUCCAUCGUAAUGAGUACCACAUGACUAUUUUUAGUGUUGUUACUAAACCAAUUUUGCAAAAUAAUGUUUGGACUCACAUAGGAGGUACCUACAAUGCAGCCAAAAGGGAAGCUAAGCUAUUUCUGAACGGCGACUUGGUUGGUAUUGACAAUCACACAUCUAUAUUAAGGAACCUUUCACAAGAUUGGGAAACCAAAACGGGCAUUGGUAAACACGAGCAUCCGUUCGGUAACCGACUACUUCGUGGAAUGAUAGAUGAAUUUUACAUAUUUUCAUGCGAAUUGCCUAGAAUUGAAGUACUUGUUUUAAUGCAUCACUGCAAAAUUUAUUGGAAAAAUGACGAAAGAAAGAAAAAACCAACAUUAGUUCGCUCUAAUCCAAUACUUUUUUAUAAUGGUGACUCAUCUGUCCAUCAUGAUAACUAUGGCUAUGUGACGAAAGAAUCAAAUCCAUCUGUAAAAAUUGAAAGGAUAUCUUUUAGCAAUAAACCAGUUACAGCUGAAGUCACUGUUCCGGGACAGGCUAGGUAUAACAUUCCAACACACAUGGAUUUAAGUAGACCAGAGCUAGGAAGCACUGAAAUAUCUGGAUAUAAGAACAUAUUGCCUAAUGGACCGUCUGCAUUGUAUAGUGAGAUGCGUGAAUUGCUACAAAAUGAAGGACUUCUGGAUCAAGAUAAACAUGGGCAACUCUUAAACAUAAAUGAGCAAUCUCUUCGCGAUAUUGAGAAAAAAUUAAAUAUUAAACUCAAACCUAAUAUAAAAUCUAGAUACAGCCAUGCUCCUAUCAUUAGAAAUGAUAACCAUGAGCUUCCAUUUAGUCCUCAUGCAUAUUUUAGUGUAGCAGAUAAUAUUGUUGGUGUUUCAAGGUCAACGCUUCCAGAGAAUCCUGACGAUAUUUCAAACGUAAAUAUAGCCGGACCGACCGCAUUUAUGUUCAAUCACGAAAACACGCCUCAAACUAUAGGUAUUGAAACGGAAAGAUCAAAACAACCUUUUGUUUUAAGCAAUUAUAAAGCCAAACCUGAUCCUAGGUGGUUCCAAUGGCAAAAAGGGCUGGCAAUGGUUAGUGGUGGCACAUACACAAAUACUCAUUCAAACACUCUUCAAAGAAAUGAUCCAGGAAAUGUUAAUGCUAAUACGCAUGUUUCUUCUAGCCAAGGUGCAAAAACUGGAACAAAGAUUUCUAGUUCAUCGCCUGAUCAGCCACCUCAACAAUUAGUAUCUAGCAGUCAUCCUUUUGUUCAACUAAAACAUCUGCUACCUGUUUCAAGUCACGUUUUUCCACAGCAGAGUUUUACAAAUCAGCAGCUACAUAGUUCUUAUAACACGUAUAAUCCUAAUACGCAGAGUAUAAAUAAUCAUCUACAACAGCAACAAAUACCUCGGGAGUUUGCAGCGAUGCGAGAUUUGAUAAUGCAGUACCCGCAUGCCCCAUGGCAACAUGCACCACAACAACCUCAAAAUCCAAUUAAAUUUACGCAGCAAAGUCAUCAAUGGGGAUACGGUAAUGGCCAAGGAAACGGAAAUGGAAUCGGAACUCCAAGUGCAAGUGGAUCAGGUGGAGGAUGGGGUGCGGGAGGCCCUCUGAGUCAGAAUAUGAAUUUACCUGCUUGGUCUGGUAGUGGCGAUCCUCCGCAUUCAAAAGAUGCACCUAAAAGAACACUAGAUCAACAACUUCCUCCUAAUGCACGUGAAUUGUGGAAUCAAUUUGUUGCUGCUUCGAAAAGGCAAUCUCAGUCUUCGACUCAUGUUUAUAAUACAAAUGUUGCUCAAUCUGGCAUUUUAAUGAAUACACAGUCAGUUAAUAGUGGCAAGAACGUGAAAGUUCAAAGUCAUCAGUAUGGGUUUGGUAAUGGUAACGGUGACGCAAAUGGGUAUGGUAAUCCAGGUGGAUCGGGUACUGGAGGUGGUUGGGGUGCCGGUGGACCUACUUAUCAAAAUACGUGGCUACCUAAUCAACAGAAACCACGGCAACCUCCUUUACAACAAAAAAGUACGAUUCACAGCUCUUCGCUACAAUCUGCGUUAGUAACCAGCUUCACGGCACCUUGGCUAGUAAAAACAAAUAAGCAGAUGCAAAACACUCAAACUGAUAAUUACGGUGUCCCGAGUGCAGUUGUAAAUGCUAAGAGAUCGUAUGUUCCAAGUGCCGAAAACUUUGGUUUACGUCAAAUGAGGCGAAAUAAUUUAGCAGAAAACUAUGUUCCAUUAAAUAGUGAAAACAUGUCCGGCGAGUUAUCUAAAUACGAUACACAGUUUAAAAAACCCACCCAGUUUUCAAGUUAUUUAGAAAAGUAUAAAAAAAGCAUAAUUCCUAAUUUAAAUAAUUACGCGUUAUACGAUUCACAUGAAAUUAAGCAAAAAACGAACUACGAGUUGCACAACCCAGUUUUGACAAACUCUUAUGAGGAUUAUUACAAAAACCAGCAUUUAGUUCAAAACGUCAGAAAAGUGGUUACAAAACCUCUUCCAGAUACUUACUUUAGAAAUUUAUCUUCAAGUCCAAAAUCUUUUGUCAAUCAACCACCUAACAUUUAUGAAAACUUUGAUCCAAACUUCGAAGCCGCCAGAGAGUACAUGAAUUCUCACGUGACGUUGGCAAAGUUUUCGUCUCCUUUUUCAAGUUUUCCUGUUUUAAAUUAUAAAUAUGAGCCCUUAAAGACUUAUUUAAUGAGUCCAAAUAUUAAUGUUGAAAACAAACAGCUUUUAUCUUUAAUACAAAGAAACCCAAAAUCUCAAAUAAGCAGACCCUUGAUUUUAACAGCUAAACGCAGAGAAAACAUGCCGUUUAUACACGGACCUUUUAAUAUAAACAAUAAAAAUAAACAAUUUUUUCCUCCACAGACUGAUAAUAAUAAAGCUUAUAGCUUAAUUAAAAGUGGAGAUGAUCGGUUGGUUCAGUCAGAUACAGGAGCAAGUUUUGUUUCAGUAGACUUUCCUCGAUUAUCAAAUAGUGAAAAAUUGAUGAUGAUGAAAAAGAAGCGAAAGAAGCGCAGUGAAACGUCAAAGAGGUCACUAAGUUCAAUUCGUUAAGUAUAUAGGGAAUUAAAAUUACACAAAUCUGAGUCAUGUUGAAUGUCAUUUUAAUAGUGCAUACAUGUAGAUAGGUACUGAUUUCGUAAAACUGACGUCACUAAAAAUUUAAAAGAAUUGUUUAAUAUUAAAUGAAGAAUGUUUAACUAUUCUUAGUUAGAUAUACAUAUUUAAAGACCACGUGACAAAUACGAUUAAAUUUACAAGUCGCCGUUGAUUUCAUUACAAUAACGCAAUUAAAUGUUUAAAAGUGAAGAAAUUGUUUGUAUUUGUCAAGUUUGCUAGACUAAUUACAUAUUUUUAUGUCUUUGUUAUCGUAAAAUUUAUAAUAAAUUUUGUGUUUACUGGACUGGAACAGUCUGCUAGCCUUUCACCUCUCUUACACUUGAAGUUAUUUUAACUUUAUACAGUUGAUUUUUACAAACUUUUCAAAUAAAACACAAUAUUCCAAAUCUGGCAUUCUUAUAUAACAACUUUUUUUUAUUUUGGCGGACAUUUUAGUUAGUUUGAUGCGGCUUUUGGAAGGACCUUUUUACGCAAUCAUCAAAUAAAUAGAACUCAUUGAAGCAUGCACAACAGUUGUCAUUUAUUUGUAAAAUGUAUUUUGUAUAAUGUUUAUUACCGCAAUUAUUUUUUUACUUCGCACAUUUUUGUUGCUUUGACAUAAAUCUUAAUAAUAUAUUUUUCAUUUAUAACAUUGGAGUUUUUUCCUUAGAGUAAUACAUGUUUAUAAAAAUGCUUUAAGUUUAAAGUCUUUCUUUUUGC